UGAAGCUCCAACUACCACAGAAGCAACUUCAUCCACUGCCUCUAAGCUUCCCCCACAAGAUCAGCAACAGUUGAUGCACUCUGACUUUGUGUACCCAGUAUACUCUAACCCUUUCAUGCCAGUGAAGGCUCCCUACCAAACUACUGAAGCUCCAACUACCACAGAAGCAACUUCAUCCACUGCCUCUAAGCUUCCCCCACAAGAUCAGCAACAGUUGAUGCACUCUGACUUUGUGUACCCAGGAUACUCUAACACUUUCAUGCCAGUGCCACAAGAUCAGCAGCAGCAGCAGCAACAGUUGAUGCAGCAGCAGCAGCAACAGUUGAUGCAGCAGCAGCAGCAACAGUUGAAGCAGCAGCAGCAGCAGCAGCAAGAAUUGAUGCACUCUUACCUCAUGUACCCAGGAUAUAGAAACCCUUUCAUGCCAGUAAAGGCUCCCCCUCAAACUACUGCAGCUCCCACUACUUAAGCUCUAACUACUGCAGAAGCAACUUCAUCCACUGCCUCAACUUCCCCCACAAGAGCAGCAGCAACAGUUGAUGCAGUAGUAGUA